ACGAACAGUGUGGAGAGACCGAUAGAGGGGCGAGAGAGGGUGGGGGGGCGAGGCGGAGGAUGGAGACUCCCUCGUCGUUGUCGGCGGUGACGGUGGUACAGAUGGGUGCGACUCUCCUCAGCUGAGCCGGCCACCGAUCCAGUUGCCCCGGCGGUCAUCCAAUGCAGUCUGGGUCGAGCUGACCGCGGUUGGAUAGCGCGCAUCCUGCGAAUGAGACUUCGCUAUCACAGCUGGCACCAUGCUACCCCGUAACAUACGCACAGGUGGUUAUAACCUGCCAGGGGUGGAAUCAGACAAUGUGCCCCUCAUUGGCUAUCGACCUUUAUCACCUGACAGAGGAACCAUAAGUGGCCACUCAGGGAGGAGAGCCGCUGACGCUGAAGUGCAGAGUUCGCAGGCGGAGCCCUCUCCGAUGAAGACUACCUGGUACUGUCCUCUAGAUUUGCCCACUGUGGUGGAGGAGGAGGAGGAUGGGGUGAUCUACACAGUUACUGUCAAGCAGCACCACGGUGGACCCAACAGUCCAAUGUCCACAGUUUCCAAAUCCCAGUGUGUGAAAGCAGGCACAGAAGAGAAGUUGGUGCUCCACCUCCUCCACUCGUUUUGUAUGGGCGACUCCUCCUUCAUCACCAUCUUUCUCUCCACCUAUCGAUCCUUCACCACCACGGGGAGAGUGCUGGACAUCCUCAGUGACAGGCUGGAGAACCCACCCGGGGACAGCGAGAGAAGUCAGAUAAGACAAUCUUUUAACAAAGCAGUGUGUACAGUGUUCAGCACGUGGCUGUCAGAGUAUCCUGAAGACUUUAAGAGUUUGGGGGACCCCUCUCGCUUGCUACGCUUGGCUCCCCUCCUCCCUCAUGACUCCUCAUCUGCUGCUGAUCUCCGCGCUCGCUUCCUCAGGAUAGCCGAGGAGCUCAGCGAGAAAGCCCUGCUCCCAGAUACCCAUAAAGAUCAAACCAGUUUCACCAGCCCUCCUCCUGAUGCCUCCAAGUUUGAACCUACCAGCAUCCUUGGAUUCUCUGGAGCGCUGAUUGCCGAGCAGCUCACCAUGAUAGAGACUGUGAGUUUAGCGUGUCGAGCCAGGAAGAACUUCUCCUCGCUGUACGCUAUCGUGUCUGCCCUCAAGAGUAACCCCAUCCACCGGCUGAGGAAGACGUGGCAGGACACCGACAGAGAGGCGUUGAGGAAAUAUGAGGAACUGUCAGAACUCUUCUCAGACAAGGACAACUAUUCACAGACCAGAGAACUCCUGAAGGAGGAGGGCACGUCAAAGUUUGCCAACCUGGACAACAGGCUCAACAACAGAUACCUUAACAAGUCCAACGCGCAGGGCACCGUGCCCUACCUGGGUAUCUUCCUCACAGACCUCACCAUGCUGGACACGGCAGUCAAAGACAGGCUGGACAAUGGCUACAUCAACUUUGACAAAAGGAGAAGAGAAUUUGAGGUUUUAGCUCAAAUCCGGCUCCUGCAAUCUUCCUGCAAAAACUGUGUUUUCACUGCUGACGAGGCCUUCGUGCAGUGGUAUAACAGCGUGCCUACUCUGAGGGAAGAGGAAAGUUAUAGGCUGUCCAAUGAAAUCGAAGCACCCGGCGACCCGAGCCCUCGCGGUCAUCCCCCAGCUGUCGUUAUCACACAGUGUCCAGAUCUGAGCACCUCCCGAACCAGCCUGGCUGGUGACAGUGACAGCUUCUUUGACUUUCACUCACCCGUCAAUAACCUGCUUUCAAAGCUCACAAAGCAUAUGAGAUCUCCGUCUGUGUCCUGUCUGGAUGUUGACACGUCCCCUCCUACCAAUGAAUCCAACCCUGCCACGCUGACUCCAACCACUCCUACGAAAUCACACCGUCGAUCAGCCUCCUGUGGCAACAACCCCCCUGGUAACAUCCAAGGGUCAGGGGCAGACAUGCGGAUCAUCAGGAUACGGAUGGACCUGGAGGAUGGAAACCUGUAUCGGAGUAUACUGGUUACGAGCAAUGACAAGACUCCCACUGUGAUCAGCUCUGCCUUAGAAAAGCACAAUCAAGACCCCAAACAGGCAUCCAGAUAUGAGCUGAUACAGCUUCUGCCUGAAGGAAAAGAACUGGUCAUCCCUGCUACAGGAAAUGUCUUUUACGCCAUGACGUCAUCUAGUGUUGAUUUCCUGCUAAGAAGGAAAGACGGGAACUCCCCGUUUGGCUUGCAUCCGAUCAGCACAGAGACGAGCGCCACUUUUCCUCGAAUCAAGGCCAAGGGAAGGAGACUGGUCAGGAAUCUUUUUUGACAUCAGAUUUUCAGACAUUCAGAUUGUCUGCAGUUCUCUGAUGGUCUCCCGAUGUGAAUGCAGAGCGAGCCCUCACGGACAGUAAAUGUGGCCUUCUCUGUCCGACACAAAACCUACACAUGCCUUUCUCCUGUGCUCCUGCCAAGCUCACCAAAACACCAAGAAGAACUCUGCUUGUGCUUCAGUCAACAUCUCCUUGCAGGAAGGUGUGGCAGAUAUUUCAGAACUCCAGCUGCUGUGUUCAACAGAGCUAUUUGCACUUUUCCAAGCACGCUAAUUUACAUCCCGAGGACGAGCAGUGAAAACCUUUAAGUGUACCUUUGGUACUGCUUCUCAAGUCCCUGUCAGGUAGCACUUGAUGCUUUUUAUCAUUACAACUCACAGAAAGAAAUAGUUGCUUUAAUUGCUACAAAACACCAAGAAAUCCCUUGUUGUCUUGUGCCUCAUCUGUGACUGACAUUUCCGAAUGUAAAAAAGAUUCGAUUGGUUGGAGUGCGCUUCUGUGAUUACCCAAGAUGCCGUUGAAGGACUUGAAGUGUGUUUUUUGGGGGGAAAUGAGAUUUAAUGAGAUCUGAAUCGGAAUCAAGACAGUGCAAGUGCAUCAUUGUAGCAAAACACUGGAGCUUUUCAAAUGAGACAUAUAUGAUUUGUAUAUAUUUAUAUAUUUUGUACGUCUGUGUGAUCUCAGCAUUGUGUGACAGGUCCUCGUGUGACAAGUAACUGUUUCAACAAGGAAAAAAAUCCUUAAAAUAACUGCAAGAAACAGGCUGACACGUCCACAGAGAAGGACAGCUAUUUCAGCUUUUACUCAUUUCUCCAUAAACUUAAAGCAGCAAUAAUCAGGAUUUUAGAAUAACACUGAAACUCUGUAAACUGUUGUAAUGAACUGCGGUCAGUUUAUUAUCAGUUCUGAAGCUCUGCUCAGUUUUUAAGGCUCUUUUAGCUCAUUGUUUUGGUUUGACACUCAGAAAUACCACCUCGUUGCAGCUGUCACCAACAGAUAUUACAAAAGCAGCUCUGAUUGGUCUUAUUUUUACCUGACUCGAAUACUCGUGCAAUUGUGAACCAACAGAUGAAGUCAGAGAGCCACAUAAUUUUCUCAGGAGCUGCUGGAGACCAAAGUAAACCUCAAGGAAGGCUGAUAAGGACUAAUAAACCAAGUGGACAAAAUGUAUUUGCAAAGAAAUUUUUACAGUGUCAUCCUCCCUCAGCUGCACGUGAAUGUACGCGGCUGUGUUGCUACGUUACGGUGAUCAAACAUCACUCAGCCUCUUAAACCUCUUGGAUGAAAACUGAUUAUUGCAGCUUUGAACUUUAAGCACUUUUAAAACAUACAGCUUUGCUUCAAUUUGUUACUAGAAAGGAACAUGAGUAAGAGAAAAACACUGCCAUUGCUAAGUUUAAGGUUUUUCAGGUCUGAUCUUUUCAACAGAGCAUAAGCUAAACUUAAUUUAUGCAGAUUUUCCAGUAGCUCAGCAGGAGUCCAUCUUCACUGCAGUUUACACAGACCGCAAAGCCUCAGUUUCAGCGUCGUGGCUUCAGUGAACAUCUUAACUUCAGCGUGUGUCUCUUUGAAACAAAUCUUGUGACCUCUGGUCGUCCCGGGUCAGUGCCGGUGAGGCUCCUUUUACCGGCCGAGGCACGAGCACUGAGGGGCCAGGGAGAGGAUUGUGGGUAUUAAUAAAAAAAAGACGUGCAAGCAUGAUCCCAUGCUACAGAUUGUUUUAGUGCCUUUCUCUGCCGGGUGCUCACUUUCUCAUGUUUGCAUUAGAAUGUAUACAGUCCACGUGGAGGAACUGCAGACAACUCCAGUGCUGUGUAGUUCCACAUCAAAGCUAUUUAUGCACUACAUACAGUAUGUCCUAUUUUUGUGGUAAUAAAUUUACUUUUAUAUGAAUUUUAAUUGUUUUUGACUGAUGUUCAGUACUGAGAUAUUUUUCAUGCUGCUGAGUAUCCCAUAAAAAACAAUUAAAGUUGUUGCUACUUGUCAAAAA